AUGACUGAAGUCAUCUCAACACCUUCGGGCUACCCCAUCUUGGGGAACGUGCUUGACGUCGACCCAGAACAUCCACACAAUAGUCUUGCUCGAAUGGUUAGCACAUAUGUGUCCGGCUCACUGCAACAAGUUCGAAACGCACUUCAUGAUGAAAUCUUUACUGCAUACCCGGGCGAGCACAACUGGGAGACUGCGCACCGCACAUUAAUGCCUGCUUUUGGCCCGUUGUCAAUAGGGGACGUGUUUUGGGUACUUAUGCCUGCUCAAAUGCGAAGACAUCUAUCUCAAAUGAUUAUUAAAUGGGCACGUUUUGGCCCUGACAUGCCAAGCGAUGUCCAGGACGACUUCAUGCGACUCACGCUCAAUUCCAUACCCCUAUGUGCCAUGGGUACGAGAUUCCACUCAUUCUACCACGAAAGUCAACAUCCAUUCGUUCGGGCUAUGGUCGGUGUGCUCACCGAGUCAUUCACUCGAUCUAGGCGACCUCCUCUUAGUAAAAUCCUCUUCCAAACCCAAGAGAAAAAGUAUCGAGAGGAUAUAGAGGAACUGGAGGCAGUAGCAAAAGAACUUCUCAAUGACCGCAGAGCAAACCCCAGAAGCAAGAAAGACCUUCUUAAUGCGAUGAUAUUGAAUAAGGAUCCAAAGACAGGGGAAUCUCUAGACAAUGAUACGAUCAUCCGUAAUAUGAUUAUAUUUCUGAUCGCUGGCCACGAGACUACGGCGGGCUUACUUUCGUUCCUCUUUUAUGAGCUUUGGCAAAACCUAGAGGUUUAUCGUAAAACGCAAGAAGAAAUUGACACAGUUGGAAGCAUAUCUGCGAGAAACCCUUCGUCUUCACCCUACCGAACCUGCAUUCACACUUCAGGCAAAAGGAGACCAGAUUCUUGA